AUGCGCCAUCACCAGCUGACCCCCCUAAGCCACUACGACUCGCCCUCAUUUACCCUCCAAACCUUCAUCCCGUUUCCUGCCCGCGAUGCAUACCUCGCUAUCCGCGCUUUCAACAUCGACGUCGCCCGCAUCGCCGAUGCUACAUCGGUCGAGACAGUUGGGCGGAUGCGGAUGGAAUUCUGGCGGGACGCCGUCACCAGCGCACUGCAAGGGACGCCGAAGAAGGAGCCCGUAGCUGUGCUGCUUGCACACGCGGCUGAAGACCUACAUGCGCGCAGCGGUGGGCAGUCCCGCCUGAGCAAGAGCUGGUUCCUGCGCGUCAUCGCGGAGCGUGAGAAAGUGCUAAGCAAUCCGCCGUACGCCAAUCUGGCCGCGCUUGAGACCUAUGCCGAACAUACGUACUCGACGCUGUUGUACUUGACGCUGCAGGCGCUGCCGCUGGCAUCGGUGACGGCAGACCACCUCGCCUCGCACAUUGGCAAGGCGACGGGCAUCGCGGCGGUCCUGCGUGGCCUGCCACUUGUCGCUUUCCCCCCGCCCCCGAACCAUCACUCCAAUCAGGCGGCGUUCGGUGGGGCAGCGUCCAGUGCGUCUCGGCAGGGUGCUGUUCUACUUCCGCUCGACAUUAUGGCCGAGGCGGGCGUCAAGGAGGAAGAGGUGCUGCGGCAGGGUGCGGAUGCGCCAGGUCUGCGUGACGCUGUCUUCGCCGUUGCAACGCGUGCCAAUGACCAUCUGAUCACGGCGCGUACGAUGCUGAGCAGCCUGCGUGCGGGCGGCGAGGUGGACCAUGAUUUCGAACAUGCACACGAGGAAGAGCACCGGUACAGCCCACAGCAACUGAGCGCGGGGACACAGGCGCAGCAGCAGGACGUCGAGCGGGCGUUUGGUGUGUUGAUGCCCGCUGUCGCGACGAGUUUGUGGUUAGACAAGCUGCAGAAGCUUGACUUUGACAUCUUCAACCCCUCGCUCCGCACCACGGACUGGAAGCUGCCCUGGAAAGCAUACUGGGCAUUUAGCAGGCGGAACAUCUAA